AUGCCGGAACGACUACUCUUCACUGGCGCGACUGGCUUUGUCGGCGGCACAGUCCUCUCACAGCUGCUCAACUCUUCUUUUCCGGAGAUCAAAAACUUGCAAAUCACUGCGCUUGUUCGAAAGCAAGAACAAGUUGAUCUUUUGAAGCAGAGAGGUGUAAACGCCGUCCUGUUCAACGGACUGGAUGACUCUGAACAGCUGAGAAAGGCGGCCAGCGAUUUUGACUAUGUCAUUCAUGCCCCAACUGGCUUUCAUACCAGUUCGGCCGUCGCACUCAUUGAAGGCCUAGGAGAGAGGAAGAAGCAGACUGGCAAAGAAGUUCACUUCAUCCACACAUCCGGGACCUCCAACCUUGCCCAGCGCACCAUAACCAAACCAGCCGGUGAGGUUCAUGAAUGGUCCGACAAAGAGAAAGUCUUUGAAUUCGAGGAACAGAAGGAGGCGGAGGAAGCAUAUGCGCAGCGUACGACCGACAUCGCUGUUGUAAAGACAGGAGAGCGUACAGGUGUCAAGACGUACAUCAUGAUGCCACCGACCAUCUAUGGUCGAGGAACCGGCUUCUUCAACCAAGGGUCCAUGCAGAUCCCCAGCAUCAUUCGUGCAUCCAUACAAGCUGGUGUCCCGCGAUAUGUUGGUGACGGCACGUGCCGUCUUGGUCAUGUCCAUGUCACGGAUCUCGCGCUGCUAUAUGAACUGAUCUUGAGCAAGGUCUUGGCCGGUGAGGAGCUUCCGUCCGGUCGGAGGGGAAUCUACUUCUCCAACACCGGUAGUCACAAUUGGCGCGACCUGGCGGUAAUGGUGGGGAAAGCAGGCGUCAAGCUUGGUGCUUUGAAAUCUGCGGAACCGGUGCCCCUAACGCUCGAAGAAGCUGCUUCUGAAUGGUUGAAGACAACCCCUCAAGUUGUUGAGAUGAACUAUGCAGCCAACUCUGCGACUAAACCGGUUUUAGCUACUGAGCUAGGCUGGAAGCCUAGAAAGACGGAAAAGGACUGGGAAAACUCUUUUGAGGAAACGUUUCAGAUGGUCCUUGACGAGAAGCAGCGUUAG